CGCAACUGCACAGCUGGACCAGCAGAUCGACCCAUGACGGCGCUGUUCAACUUCGAGUCGCUCCUGCUCGUCAUCCUCCUCAUCAUCUGCACCUGCACCUACGCAAGAGGCACCGCCCCGGGCCUCAUCGACCGCAACAAGAACGGGUCCGUCCCUCUCUCUCCCUCUCCAGCGGGCGCAGGAGAACGCCUCUCACCCUACGUCGCCCUUGCCUGCAUCGUCAUGGGCUGCCGCAUCCUCCUCAACUAGACGACGUCGACCAGGACCCUGCAGUGUACAUAUGCGUCGGCCGGCGCAGGUCGAGC